UUCCUCACUCACUCAGCGCUAUCUGACGCUGUCCUUCUUCCUCACACACUCUCCUCUCGGAAUCUUCUCAGUUUUUCGCUCCACACAAAACAUGCAGGGAGGAGAGGAGGAGGAGAAAAGAAGAAACGCGUCGGAGGCGACAAGAGGGAGAGGAAGCAGAGAAAGUUGGUAGAGGAGCGAGAGGGCAAAGAGGAGAGGAGAGGGGUCGACCAGAUGGGAGGAAGGAAGGAAGGAAAGGAUCUGUCUUCGGGCUCAAUUGCGCGAUUAAAGGAUUCUACAUAAAUAAACAAACAUAUGAAUCAAAGCCUAUAAUAAAAAAAAAAAAAAAGAGCAGUAGGCGCGCCUCCGCGUUGCGUGGACGCGGACAAGACAGCGGCAGUGCGCGCUGAAAACAGUCAAAUCCUGUCUUUCUCUGUUUGGAUUUUACUCCUCAUGUUCUUCAAAUUCUCGGCGAGGUUCACUAACUUCUGAGGUCAGUGUCAGAAAAACUUUCCCUCCCCUCGUCUUUUCAAGUCACUGUCUCCCCGGAAAAGAAAGCCCAGCUCCGGCGUGGAAGUGAAGGAAGGAAGAGCGGUUUUAUUUUGUUCCUUCCGAGGAGACCAGCUCGCCGUAGCCGGGGUUUAGGCGUUGGCACCCGGGCUGGGAGUCCCUCGCCAUGGCCGGGGCCAAGCCGGGAGUCCACGCGCUGCAGCUCAAACCCGUGUCCGUCCACGAAGCGCUGAAGAAGGGGGGCAAAUUCAUCAAAUGGGACGAGGAGCCCAACAGCGGGCCCCCCACCCUGGUAACCCUGAAAGUUGACCCAGAUGGAUUCUUUCUCUACUGGACUGGAGGAUCCAACCUGGAGGUGGAGAUUCUGGACAUUAACACUAUCAGGGACACCAGAACAGGAAAAUACGCCAAACUACCAAAGGACCCGAAGCUGCGGGACGUGCUGGGCUUCGGUAAGGGUGAUAACGCCGAAGGGAAGCUGGUAACUGUCGUCUAUGGCAACGACCUGGUCAACAUCUCUUACCUUAACUUCCAGGCUAUGCAGGAAGAUACAGCCAAGAUUUGGACCGAUGAGCUGUUCACUUUGGCUACAAACAUACUUUCCCAGAAUGCAUCGCGGCACACCUUCCUCAACAAAGCGUACACUAAGUUAAAGCUGCAGGUGAAUCAGGAUGGGAAGAUUCCUGUAAAGAAUAUUCUCAAGAUGUUUUCAGAUAAAAGGAGAGUGGAGACGGCUCUGGAGCAGUGUGGCCUCGUCAAUAACCGGGCAGAGGGGAUCAAGCCAGAUGAUUUCACUUGGGAGGCCUUCCAGAAGUUUCUCGACAGCCUAUGUCUCCGGCCUGAGAUACAAAGCAUCUUUGAGGAAAGUGGCUCCAAGAGGAAGCCAUUCAUCUCUUUGGACCAGUUGAUGGAUUUCAUUAACCGCAGGCAGCGAGACUCCAGACUGAACGAGGUGCUGUACCCCCCGCUGAAAAGAGAGCAGGUCCGACAGAUCAUGGAGAAAUAUGAGACCAACGCCAGCCAGCUGGAGAGAGACCAGAUCAGUUUGCAGGGGUUCAGUCGGUAUCUGGGAGGAGAGGAAAACAGCAUCGUACCUUCAGAGAGGCUGGAUAUCAUCGACGAUAUGAACCAACCGCUGUCUCACUACUUUAUCAACUCCUCGCACAACACAUACCUCACAGUGGGUCAGCUAACCGGUCUGUCGUCAGUGGAGAUGUACAGGCAGGUGCUGCUGACCGGCUGUCGCUGUAUAGAGCUGGACUGCUGGAAGGGCCGGCCGCAAGAUGAGGAGCCCUACAUUACCCACGGGUUCACCAUGACCACUGAGAUCCCCUUUAAGGAGGUGAUUGAGGCAAUAGCAGAGAGUGCUUUCAAGACCUCCCCAUACCCCCUCAUCCUGUCCUUUGAAAACCACGUAGAUUCGGCCAAGCAGCAGGCCAAAAUGGCAGAGUACUGCAGGACCAUCUUUGGAGAUGCCCUGCUCAUUGAGCCACUGGAGAAAUAUCCGCUGGUCCCCGGUCAGAUCCUCCCCUCACCGCAGGAGCUGAUGGGGAAGAUUCUCAUCAAAAACAAGAAGAAGCACCACCACCACCGACCCUCGAGUAGUGGCAGCAUACGCCGCAGAGAGCUGGAGGGGCGCUCGUCACCCAACAACGACUGCCCUCUGACAGACAGCGAGGGAAGCCAGCUCCUGUCUAACGUGGAAGAGAAGCUGGCUGAGGGGAUCGUCAAAGACUCUGAGCCUCGCAAAUCCAUUGGAGGCGAGGGAGAAAGCGAGGAGGAUGAGGAGGACGAAACGGCAGCGGAGCUGAAAAAGCCAAACUCCGACGAGGGUACCGCCAGCAGCGAGGUGAACGCCACAGAGGAGAUGUCGACUCUCGUCAACUACAUUGAACCGGUCAAAUUCAAGAGUUUCGAGGUGGCAAACAAGAGGAGGAAGUUCUUUGAAAUGUCGUCCUUGGUGGAAACCAAAGGCAUGGACACCCUGAAGAGUUUCCCCAACGAGUUUGUCGAGUACAAUAAGAAUCAGCUGAGCCGAAUCUACCCUAAAGGAACAAGGGUGGACAGCUCCAACUACAUGCCUCAGCUCUUCUGGAAUGUCGGCUGCCAGAUGGUUGCGCUUAACUUCCAGACCCUCGACCUCCCUAUGCAGCUGAACAUGGGGGUGUUUGAGUACAACGGCCACAGCGGCUACCUGCUGAAACCUGAGUUCAUGAGAAGGACAGACAAACACUUUGACCCUUUCACAGAAAACAUAGUGGACGGGAUAGUCGCCAAUACUGUCAAAAUUAAGGUGAUCUCAGGCCAGUUUCUGUCCGAUAAAAAGGUUGGCGUGUACGUGGAAGUGGACAUGUUUGGACUUCCUGCUGAUACAAAGAGGAAGUACAGAACCAAAACAUCCAAUGGGAACUCACUGGACCCCGUGUGGGAUGAUGAAAUGUUUGUGUUUAAUAAGGUGGUCCUCCCUACACUGGCCUCUCUGAGGAUAGCGGUGUUUGAAGAAAACGGAAAGUUUAUUGGACACAGGAUCCUCCCUGUGUCCGCCGUCAGACCUGGCUACCACUACAUCAACCUGAAGAAUGAGCUGAACCAGCCCCUCCUCCUGCCCUCUCUGCUGGUUUACACUGAAGCUCAGGACUACAUCCCUAAUGAACACCAAGAGUACGCAGAGGCUCUGACCAACCCCAUAAAGCACAUCAGUCAGUUGCACAAGAGAGAGACACAGCUGGCUGUUCUCUUAGAGGACAGCAGUGAGCAUGUCCCCAACCAGCCGAAAGAGAAAGAGACCAAGGGAGAGUGUGAAGUCAAUUCAGGAAGUCGACUCCCCUCCUCCUUUGACCCGCUCCCCCCCUGCUCGUUGGAAGAAGCCCAUGACAUCAUCAAAUUGCCUACUCCGGCACAUAGUCAGAAGGAAGACCUCAUAAGCACUGUUCUGGCAGACGUCCAGGCCCAGUCUAUAGAGGAGUUGAAGCAGCAGAAGAGCUAUUCAAAGCUACUAAAGACCCAGAGCAAAGAUCUCAAAGAGAUGCGAAAGAAACACCUAAAGAAGGUGUGGAAUCUGAGUAAGGAGCAGAAGAGUCGGACUAGCAAGCUUCAAUCUGACACCCAGAGGAGACGCAGUCAGAUGGAAAAACACCUUAAAUCUAGCAUCAAGAAAAACGAGCCCCAUGAGCCGGUGCAGCAUGAGCUGUCAAAGUUGGAGCAGGAGCUUGAGAAGCAGACGGUCCAGCUGAGGGAAUGGCAGAUGCAAGAACUGCUGAAGCUCCGACAGGAGCUUCACUUACUGGAGAGAGAGAAGCAACAAAAACACCUACAGGAGGCCUUCCUGAAGUUAAAGGAGACGGGCGUUGAAUGCCAAGUAGCUCAGCUGAAGAAGCUGAAGGAGACAUGUGAGAAGGAGAAGAAAGAGCUCCAGAGGAUUCUGAACAGGAAGCGACUAAACAGCAUCAGCGAAGCAAAGACCCGCGACAAAGACAAGGCUGAAACGGAGCUGAUUGAGAUCAACAGGAAACAUAUUCAAGAUUCUGUCGCCUUAAUCCGCAGACUGGAGCAGGCUCAGACCAGGAGACAGGAAGAGCUGAUGCUGAAGCACCGGGAGGUGCUGCAACACAUAGAUGAUGAACUUCCACAGCUCCAGUCUCAGUUGGAGAAGGAACUAGAUCGGGAGUAUCGGGGACUACAGGAGGAAAUCUGCCAGCACCUUCAGUUGGAGCUCCAGAAUAAAGGUCUCCGAAAAGACGCCCUGUUCUCGCACUUGUCCAACAGCAGCCCGAGCCCCAGCUCCAGCUCGGGUCCGCCCUCCAACUGCUCCACACCCUCUUACCCGUCAACGCCCAAUCGGAGCCCUUGGAACAGGAGCAUGGACAAUAGCAUUGCGUCAUUGGCCGAUUCCACUUCCUCGUCCACCACUCCCGUCCUGUCGGAGGCGGAGUUGUCGUUAUAAUAAUACAGACAAACAGAAUGCGUACAUUUAACUGGGGUCUAUAAUGAUUAUAAUGUGGGAUAGUAAUGAUAUUAAUUUACUAAUUUUUUAAAGUUUUGUUCUCGUCUACAGAGCUAUAUUAUUUUUAUUUGCUGUUUUUGGUCAGAUGUACAUCAUGCCUAUUGUUGGAAGAUUUAAUAACGAUCAUAACCAAACUUUUAAAUUUUUUUUACAUUUUUUUUUACAUUUUCUUGUCUCUUUGUCUUGCUUUUAAUGUGAUACUUUUUUCAUUUCCAUUUUUGUCUGGUCAGUAUGCUGUGGUUUUAGUUAGCUUUCUGUUUGUAGCAGUUUUAACCUUUUUAUUGACACUUUUGAAAGCUUUACAUUGUGUAGAGAGAGGAGUAGCUUUCUGAAAACGGCUGCCUUUAUUCAGAAAAACUUUAUAACAUACAUACAGUUGGCCCAAGUGAUUGCCAUAGUGGUAAGAAAAGAACACAUUUUUGAUAUUUAGUUUGUAGCAACGUUAGAUCAACAGGAUUGCUUCAUAAUGGCCUAAUGUACUACAAAUCUGAGGAACUAUUUAAAAGGCAGUCUAUGGAAAUGUCAGUAAGUAAAAAAUAUUCAAGGUUCAAGUAUUUUCCAGAACUGGGUAUUAAUAGGGAAUAUGAGGGAACAGGGGGCAGUUUUUUUUUUUUUUUUGUUAUAGCUGUAAUGGCAGUAGCCGACCAGCAAGCGGUGCUGCAGCCUUAGCUGUUUAUUUUAAACUGGUGGUUUGAGCCUUCCAUUUAUCUAGCCUGAUUAUACUAUUAUACUGUGUACCCCCCACCCCCACCCCCCCCACACACACACACACACACACACACACACACACACACACACACACACACACACACACACACACACACACACACACACUUGUCUCAGCAGGAUUUGCAGCAUCAUAGUGUGAGUGUUUAAAGUCUUUGGCCUUUAACCUCCAAUCAAAGUCCAGCCAAGGUUGCA